AUGUCUCAUCGCCUCCUACAGGACCCUGGGUUGCCUGUCGCCAAUCCAACGACUUCUUACUGGCAAACCCCACCCAACCAAGAUGUUCUUGAUAUUCAAUCACCCUCUCUUCCUGAAAAGAGGGAUGUGGUAGUUGUCGGAUCUGGAAUCACGGGGUUGAGCGUCUCUUGGUGGCUCACGCAGCUUUCAGACGCCGUGUCUAUCUGUGUUCUCGAUGCUAGACAGAUUUGCUCCGGAGCGACGGGGCGAAAUGGAGGUCGCAUCAAUUGUACUGCUGUUCAAGAUUAUGCUAAAUACCGUAAGAUCUUUGGCGAUAAGAGUGCCGUGCAAAUUGUUCGGUUCGAGCUGGCCCAUUUCAACGCUAUCUAUGAGUUUGCCAAACAAGCUGGCGCAGACAUACUUGAGCGGUCUGAAGUGAGGAGUGUGGGCGCAGUGUCUGCCGUCUUCAGUCAAGAGAAACUACUAGAGCUGAGAAGAAUGCUUGAAGACUUUGAGUUGGCAUUUCCUGAUCUUAAAGGCGAAUGGAAGAUCGUGGAGAGGACUGAGGCUGUGGAGGUCUACAAGAUAGCGAACGCCCACGGUGCCCUGGUUGGUAAGGCCGGAGCUGCCUGGCCCUACCGUAUGGUGACCAGCGUAUUCGCGAAUCUGCAGUCCAAGUUUGCAGACCGAUUCUCGCUCGAGACGAACACGCCAGCAAUCGCAAUAGAUCGUCAGGGCACUGGCGAUUAUCCCUACAACGUUGUCACACCACGUGGCAUCAUCAAAGCGAAGCAUGUUGUUCACUGUACCGAGGGUCAUGCUGCGCAUCUGCUCCCCCGCUUGCGAGGUAUUCUUGUUCCAAGGAGGGGGCAGAUAACAGUACAAAACCCAGCCAGCGGCUUUCCAAAGCGAAGCAAUUCUUCAUGGAGCUUUCUGAUUGACGACGUUCUGGAUUAUGCUACUCAAAGCCCCACAACUGGCCAUAUAGUGAUCGGUGGUGGUGAAACGAAUGGCAAGGCUGAAGUCCUCGGGAUCCCAUCAGAUGCGGAAGAAGAUAUUCUGGCUCUGAGCCAUCUCGGCGGGAUUCUCCCCGCAGCCUUCGGUGUGAGCCAAUGGGGUCACGAGGUGGAAAGCAAGACGAGAAUCGCGGCAUCUUGGACAGGAAUUCUCUGUAACUCCUUGGACAAGGUCCCUAUGGUAGGUAUGUUGACACAGAAAUUGCUCGAUAGACCUGCGGGAAAUUUGGAAUCUGCAGAAUGGAUCUCGAGUGGCUAUGGUGGAUAUGGGAUGGUGAAUGCUUUUCUAUGUGGCAAAAACCUUGCACACAUGAUUACAAGUGCGGAUAUGGAUGGAAAUGAAUCUUUGCCAGAAGCUUAUUAUAUCACGCCGGAGAGGAUCGGGAUGCUUCAAAGUCUUCUUAAGAAAGUAUUGAACUCCCGCCGAGAGCAUGCCCGAGCCCUGUUGUAA